UAUGCUUGCGUCACGAUAGCGCAGUCUAGAAGUCUAGGGUCGUCAAACAUCACCCAUGCCUGUGUCACCACAUCCCCACUUCAGACAUCCCAAGACUUCCGCUCCGCCGUCAGCACGAUGGUGGGUACUUACCUCAGUCUGCAACGAUUGCGUGUGGAGGACGUUCCGCAACACCCUCAAUUCGCAGUGCCAUCCACCAGUGCACCAGAACUGAAGACAUUCCUUGCCACCGUUUUCAAAGAAGCGCUCGAAGAGGAUUUCGAGACUGGCUUCUCCGUUGCAGGCAAUUGGGCACCCACUGGCAAGAAUGUCAAGAUCACGGGCGCCGAUGGUGGCACCUCUGCCGUGCCCAUCUCGGUCGAACAGCGCAAAAAGGGAAAGGGCGAGCACACAUGGUUCGCCAGACGAUCAAAGCAUCUAGAGACUGAUAUACGACACACGGAGCUAGACAGCCUACUGAUGAAUGACCACAGCUGGUGGGAAUACCAGUACACACCAGAUCUGUACGAUGGAAAUCUACUUCUCGAGUGGGAUGCUGGCGCCCUAGAAGAGGCUGCAGCCAGCCUCAAGCAAGAACUGACCAUUGGGGAGGUAGAAAUGCGCAUUGUACAAAUGUUUCACAUCCUACCGGGACCACUGCAAGACCGCGUCUUCCAUGCUCUAGCAAUCUCCGGCAAGCAAGAAAGUCAAUCAAUCAACAUGCAGAUCCCCAUUGAUUAUGCCUCGUUCAGCAGCGUAGAAACGAUACGUGCAAGAAGUCGUCUGGAGCCACAGGGGAACGCUUUCCGCUACAACACCGAAGCCAACCGCGAUCAAAGCCGAGAGCCCAAGCCCACUGAAAUACAGAAGCAAAGGACGGGGAAGAAAGUUACGGAAGGAGUCUAUGCUUCGUUGGAGCGCAUCCGUAUCAUCACAGGCACAGACCCACAGUACACGCAGUGGGACAUGAUGACGCUGAGCAACGCUGGGGGGGUCGUCAGCUCAGUGCCAGUGGCGAUGCAGAAAGGCCAGCUACUGGAAGCUGUAAGUAAGGAUGUACAAUUCGUGAUCGAGGAAGUUGGCAAGCAGAGAGGGGAUGGGAAGGGAACGGCCUAGUGGGGCUAAGCGAAGGCGCCGGCAACGCAUGCGCAGUCAGCGCGUGGCUCCAACCAGCCCACAUCAGGGCGUGAACAGUCGAGCUUCAGCCCUCAGCCUCGUCGCGCAUGGAUCUGCCGCUUUCCUGUAAUU